GUGUUAAUUUCCUGGACGUCAUAAGUACGCAACUAAAUUCAUAUUUACCUUACGACUUUCGGAUGUAGCCAUCCAACAUAUCGGGCAUUUAUUAGCUACGCCACAUGGGCACGUGACUGCAAACAGUGGUUAGCUGCUGUGGACACUUUUCUAGAACGUCCUUGGUCUCUGUUUUUACAGGAACCAUCAUCCCGGAUGCGCGUCCUUCCGAAAGCGACAGGUCUAGGUGGGAUAUCUUCUCGUCGAGGCCCCAACCAGAGUGUGAAACCGACAAAACAGUCCCUGCCACAAGUCACUAAACAAACAGUUUUGACCAAGUACAGGCCUUUUCUUUCGUCAACAAUGAAGAAUAGAUCGACCAAGAUCCCCAUUCCUUCUAUUGAAACACCAAAUAAAAGUGUAUUCACUACUCAGGCUUAUGCCAAACAAUUGACGUUUUUCAUUGAGUCGACCUCUGGUCCAGACUUUUCGGUAGGCGACAUCGUACGAGUUGUUUUCUUCGCCAAGGAUCAACGAAACAACGCGGUUACCACAAACAUUGGCGACUACUUCCGAGCGUCCAUUUCAACACUCGAGACCAAGUCUGCGGCAGUUGGCGCCAUCACUGACCACCAGAACGGCACCUACACGGCAACCUUCCGACUGCUGUGGGCGGGGAAGGUCAAGAUCAAGGUCCAGCUCGUCCUACCACGUCAGGCCAUAGACGUCGUAGAAAGAACUGUCGGCGAACACCCUUUCGACAAGGUGAUGUUUCGAAGGCAGUAUCGUUUAGACGGACGCACAAUAAGUACAAGAUGUAGCGUAGACCCUACAGUCUUCCACAACACCGGCCCGGUUUGCAACCACUCAGACCCGCACGCAGGCGGGAGGUGGUACUGUGAGAAAGCCGCCAACAUUUCUUGCGAGACACCUGGAUACCAUAGUUAUAUCCUGGGGAGUGGACCCAAGAACAUGUUGAGACCAGGAGAGGAGAAGCUAUUUGCGAGGAGAAUUAAUCCAUGGAGAUUAGACAUAUCUGGGUCGCCGUCAACGAUCAACGUCACGAAAGGGUUGGACCCUUUGGCCAAACGCAGGCGUUGCAUGCCGGGACUUGCGACUCCACAGAUCAACGGUUUUUACCAGGAUGGCGUUUGGAACUCCCUGGUCUGCCACAACAGACACUUCUCCAACCAAUCAGAGUGGAGAGAAUGUCUGCGAGGGAAAACCGUACAUUUCAUGGGAGACUCCACCAUACGACAGUGGUACGAAUACCUCGUAGGGACAUUAAACCUUACUGACGUCACACUUCCAGAGGCUACCCACCAAAGCGGCCCCUCUCUUGCUAAAGACCCAGUGGAUAACAUAACGUUAAAAUAUCGUACUCAUGGUCCUCCUAUUCGGACCUCUUCGACCAAAACCUCCAACCUGAAGUACAUCGCAAACGCCCUUGACGAGAUCGAAGGAGGACCAAACGACGUGGUAGGCAUCACGGUCGGGGCCCACCUAACCGCCUUCCCCGUGCAGUUAUACAGGGAGAGGAUGGAGGCCAUCCGAGUUGCGAUCCGACGGCUGCACCAGAGGAGUCCCCAGACCCUGGUGGCCAUCAAGACUGCGAACACGUUCACGUCCGGCAGCGAGGUGAACGGUGGGGACUGGCUGGCGUACCGGUUUGAUCUGGUCAUGAGAGAGCUGUUUGCGGGGAUGGACGUGGUUCUGGUAGACGCCUGGGGGAUGACAAGCGCUCAGCAGUGGCAUGCCGACGUCAUCCACCCCGGUAGUGACAUCAUCGGACAAGAAGUGGAACUUUUGGGUUCUUUUAUUUGCCCCUUGUAGAUGUGUGUCAUUGAUUCAAUUUAUCAACAUAAACAAGCAACUUGCAAGAGUGUUUUAAUAAAUGAAGACCAUUAUUGUACAAACA